CGUAAUGAUAUCUUGAGUUAUAUGUACAAUUAGAAUGUCAGGUAUUAAUGGCUAAAAGCCAAAAGGUAUUCUGAGAUUAGAGUAUCCUAAGUGGAUCGUCAAUAUAGGUACAGCUAGAAUACAAAUCGAACGCAUGGCUGAACGAUUUUUUACGAUGAACUUGAAGUUAUGCAAAUCAAUUUAUAGAAUUUACUUAAUUGUCAUAUAAAUUAUAUACGUUCAUAAAUAAUUUUCACAAAUCAAAUUCAUACAAUCAUAAAAUGUGCGAAGAAAUCGAACUUCAUCGAUACGACGACACGCCUUGGGGAUUUCGACUGACAGGAGGCCAUGAUUUCGGAAUUCCUCUUACUGUCGUUCGGGUGACUGGAGGUAGUUUGGCCGAGGAAGCUGGCAUGAAUGUUGGAGAUAUGAUUAUUGAAAUUAAUGGAGAUAACACAGCACAGAUAACUCAUAGUGAAGCUCAGCAAUGUAUUUUAGAAGCUGGCAAUAGUAUUACUCUUUCGAUUUUACGAGGAAGUCCUGUACUAGCAGUUACACCGACCAGAGGACUACACACACCUUCAGUCAUUGAUCGUGCAACAUCUUCUAUUGGAAGUUUAACUGAAUAUGAGCAUAGAGAUAAUGUAGUAUCAGUUGUAUCAGAAUCAUAUGAGAGUGGUCAUGAGAUGACUGAGGAAGAAAUAGCUGAAAAAUUAUUAGAAAGUGCUGAAGUUAUUGAAAAUAAUGGGAAAAAUGUCAUAGGUGUCAAUUUUAAACGUUUUGUGCCUAAAUGUGAUUUCAUUAAAAAUUCACUGGUAUUUCAAACAUUACAAGAAGAACAAAUUUUUGACCAAAAAUCAGAGCAAGAACAAUUAAAAAGGUGUCCGACAAAAAGAUUUUCAACAUUUUUAACACCACCAAAUAGGCCAAAAAUCAGACCGCCUGAAAAAAAAAAACCUGAAGAAGUGAAACAAACUGAGGUAAAUGAAUCUGAAAAUCAGCUAGUCGAGGAAAAUAAAUCAGAUUCUUGCGAACAAGUAUGUACCAACUGUAAAUGUAAAUUAAGUGAUAUAGAAGAUUGUAUUGUAUCUACGGAUACAGUAACAGAAAUAGAAAAUCACAAUAUUGAUCAUAAUGUAGAAAAUUUUGAAGAGAAUUUGGAAAAUCUAAUUGACAUUGAAAUUGAAGGAGAUGAAGAGCCAAGUGAGAUUGACCAUGAAGAAAAAGAAAAUAUUAAAACAAAUGAGGACUUUAUUGAAAAAAAUGAAGAAAUUUAUGAAUCAAAAAUAGUUGAGGUGAACAAAGAGCCUGAGAAUACGUUUGAAAAGAGUAUAUUAAAUAUUCAAAAUCAGUUGUCAGCUAUUCGGGAAUUACCGCUACAGAUACAAAAUCAUAUUUCAUUGUUGGAAAAACAACUUUCAGAUAUACUCUCACACAAAAUUCAAUCAACUGAAAGUAAUGAAACUAAAAACAAUGAUGACGAAGAAGAACAAAAAGAAAACAAGGAGGAACAGGAAAAUGUUGAUGACGGGUCACUUGAGACAUUAUAUGAUGAUGAUGAAGUGUUUGAGACAGUCAUUGAUGAAACAUUUGAAGAUGUACAAGAAUUGGAAUCUAAUGGAAUAUCAGAAGAUAAUUUUGAUGAAGAAGCUGAAGAUAGAGAACCUAGUGGUAGGCCAAUGUACCCCCUUACACCAUUGCCAAGACCUAUCGUAUUACCAGGUGGUCGCAAAUGGAGAUGCCCCAAAGAUGCUUACAAUGAGAAAUUUAUUGCUGAAACAUUGAUAUCACAAGCGGAAGUUUUAGUUGGUUCUACAUUGGGGGUAAAUUUUAGAAAGUACGAGCCACCAAAAUUUGAUUUGUCUAAUUCAGCGGUAUACAAAUUAGUACAUAAUAUUGAGAAAAAAAAUACUGGGGGUAUUGAAAAUAGGCCUGAAGUAGUCGCUGCCGAAGAAGAUUUCUACUACCACAAACCAAUUGACGCAAGACAAUUCUACUUAGCUACACUCCCACAACCAAGAACAGUUCCGGAUUUUGAAUCAGAUAAUCAAUAUGGACAUUAGAUGUAAACUAUAUUUUAUUUUUAAAUACAAAGUAGUAUUCUGUUCUAAAAAAUAUUAUUUAGUAUAAGUUAUUUGUUAUUAUUUGUUAUACCUACAAUUAACAUUUUAGUUUAAUAUCAUAGAAAAUGUUAGAAUAUCACAAAAUGUACCAAAACUUUCUAAUUUAUUGUAUUAAGUUUAUGUCUUAUUUUUAAUGUGUUAAUAAUUUAAUGUUAAUUAAUUCUCUGA